AUGAUUCCACCAGGGGAGUGCACGUAUGCUGGCAGGAGGAGGAGGAAACCCAUACAGAAGCGAAGACCUACUGUGGAGGCAGAGAAGUCAAACCCUUCCAAGCGGCACCGGGACCGCCUCAAUGCUGAGCUGGACCACCUGGCCAGCCUGCUACCCUUUCCUCCUGAUGUCAUCUCCAAGUUGGACAAGCUCUCUGUGCUGCGCCUCAGUGUCAGCUACCUCAGGGUGAGAAGCUUCUUCCAAGCACUGCAGGAGAAGGGGCCGUGGGCCAGUGCCUCCUCACCCGGAGUCAGAGACCCUUCCAGAGGGACCCCUGUGCAGGAAGGAAGACUGUUGCUGGAGUCGCUGGAUGGCUUCGCUCUGGUUGUGAGUGCAGAAGGCAUGAUAUUCUAUGCAUCAGCAACAAUUGUGGACUAUCUGGGUUUCCACCAGACAGAUGUGAUGCACCAGAACAUCUAUGAUUACAUCCAUGUGGACGACCGCCGGGACUUCUGCCGGCAGCUGCACUGGGCUAUGGCACCCCCACAGCUAGGCUGUGGGCAGGCCUUGCCCUCAGAGUCAGAGGACACUGCGGUGCUGGGCAGGCUACUCAGGGCCCAGGAAGGGGCCCCAGGCUCACCCUCUGAGUACUCAGCCUUCCUGACCCGCUGCUUCGUCUGCCGCGUGCGCUGCCUGCUGGAUAGCACCUCUGGCUUCCUGACGAUGCAGUUUCAAGGGAAGCUGAGGUUCCUGUUCGGACAGAAGCGAAAGGCCCCAUCAGGGACAGCUCUGCCCCCGCAGCUGUCACUGUUCUGCCUUGUAGCGCCCCUUCUUCUGCCUCCUGGGGCUGAAAUGAAGGCAAAGGGAGCCUUCCUGCGGGCCAAACCCCGGGCAGACCCCACAGCUGCGCUGGACACAAGGUCAAGAACCUCCACAAACCUCUGUGAGUCCACGGUGCGCAGAGAACCUGGUGCCCUGGCAGGAAGGAGCGAUGGAGAGAAUGGUAUGUCUGUGUUCGGACUACAGAUGGACAUUGGACGCUGGGCCCGGGUUCCGGCCAGGACCCCCUGCCUGUGCCUCAGGGGAGGCCCUAGCCUCGUCACUGGCCCAGAGGGUGUCGCGGGGACAGGGCCUGCCAGCUCGAGAGCGCGGAUGCGCAGGGAGGCCCCUGGGGACGACGGCUGCUGCCAAGUGCUGGGACCAGGCAGGCUCCUAGACUGGACUCCAGGGAGACUGAAGCAGGAGCCAGAAAGAGCCGCCCCCUUCUCCACACAAGGGGUGCCCCGUGGUCCCUGCCUGCCCUAUGCUGGGGUCCCAGUGGGUGUAGAGAACGGGUUCCCGCCCCCAGGGCAGCAGCGACUCCCAGCAGGGGGCUACCCCUCAAGGGACACCAAGGUUGCCGUGGGAGGGAACGUGUGCUCUGACGUCAUCCGGGGAGACACGCCCACCUGCUAUCGCCCGCCGGACACGCCCCGUCGUGACGUAGCUUCCGGCGAGCACCCGCGGAGCAAGCUGUGUGCGCGCGCGCAGUCCGGCCGCGCCUCCGGAAGCGGAAGUGCCCGCGGCCGCUGA